AUGGCGGCCAGUAUUCUUGAUUCUUGCUUGGGUAUAUGCCUCACUAAGAGUCCGUUAGAUGGGUUCGAACAUGCAGGAUAUGGCAUCCACGUUUCGCAGCUGCCAUUAUCCGUGCUCAGUACCUAUCGCAAGCUCGCCUUGCUUAUGCUCUACUAUCGACUCCUACAAGCGACGCAUCCGCUAUAUGUGUACACCAUUUACGCGGUCGGCUUCGUCAUUGCAGGUUAUAGUAUUGCACUUCCGCUGGCAUUGAUCUUCGGCUGCAGCCCUAUUCAAAAAAGCUGGGACAUCACUAUUGCGGGCUCCUGCAUCAACACAAGCGGAGUCUAUCUCGCGACUGCCAUCACUAACACGAUUAGUGAUGUCACAUUGAUACUGCUUCCGAUCCCCAUUGUAUGGGGUCUCCGUCUAUCUGUCAUUCAAAAGGUCGGAGUGCUCUGUAUGUUUGGUGUUGGAUUCUUAACCACCAGUAUAAGUAUCGUUCGCUUAGCAACGCUGAUGCCUCUGGUCACGUCGCAAGAUCAGACACACGAUAUCGCACUCGCCGCGGUCUUCAUCAAUAUCGAAGCCAACACCAUUAUCAUAUGCGGCUCUUUCCCCUAUUUACGCCAAUUCCUGCGAUACCAUGCUCCGCGGUGGAUCGAUUAUAGUCUGAGCUCGCGACGGAAACAAUCCUCUUCUACAGAGUCGCCAUCGGCUCCAAUGCGCAAGCCAGGUCUCACUCAGCUCCAGGAUGAUAUCGAAAGGGCGAUCAACCACACGGAUGGGACCACGAGCGUAGAAGAGAGUAUGAGACCGGGGCCCAGAGAAGUGAUAUAG